AUGUCGGCAGCAAUGGAUAGGGCGUUAAUGGCGAUGUCUUUAGAAGAAGAGGAGGAAGACAAGCCGCUCAUGCUCCCAAACAGACCAGAGUCCUGCUCUCGUGGGAACAAUGCUCUGAGCUUGAUAGGGAGGAUUCUGAAUCCGGAUUGUCAAAAAAUUUCUCACUUGUUGGUGGAUUUGCCACGGAAGUGGGGUAAAAAGGGGAGAAUUAGAGGAGUGGCUCUGACCAAAGAAAGGUUCCAAUUCUUCUUCAAAUCGGAACAAGACCUUCUAGACGUCCUGGAGAAGGGUGUUCAAUGUUCGAAUGAGUGGGCUGUAGCGAUGAAAAGAUGGGUGAACAAAGAACCGGCAACGUUCCUUCAGUUUGUGGCGGUUUGGGUCCAGAUAAGGAAUCUGCCUGUGAAUCAUUACACAUCUCAAAAGAUUUGGGAUAUCGGAGAGGUUUUGGGAGAGGUUAAAGAAAUUGCUUUUGAUGAUACGGAAAAUCAAAGUCAACCGUUCGUGAGAGUGAAGAUAUGGUUCGAUGUUUCGAAACCUCUUAGACGAUCGAAGUUAAUUCAUCUACCAGAUGGAGAGGAGGUAACGGUAUACUUCUAUUACGAGAAUCUACAGAAAAGGUGCUUCAAUUGUCACCGGCUUAAUCAUGAAAAAGAUUUCUGUCCACUUCUGGUUAAAGCUAGGCAAGAGCAAGCGGCGAUUAGAAGAACCAAUGUUGUUGUGGAAAAACGGAAGUCUGAACCGGUGCUUAAAGAAUCUGAUCCGCUAUUUGGUGUUCUUAGUGAAGAUCAAGUGGGAGUGAAUCCGAUUACUGGGAAGCUGAAGAUAAAUCCGGAGGUCAAGAAAGAUAGAGUGAAGAGCACAGUGGCUCAAGUGGAGAAAGAUCCGCAUGCUCAAAAAGUGGUCCUGAGGUUAGAAUCGGCUCCGGUGAUCACAAGAGAUGCGGGAGCGAUUUCAACUGGAGAAAGGAUGAGUGGUAGGUUCGGUCCUGAGGACUUACGCUCACAUCAUCUUGACUCGUUGAAGGAACUAAAAGGAGAAAUCCUUAGAGAAAGGAGUCUUGUGUCCGAAGAGGAAGAUAUCAACAGUCGCAGCCAGCUCGACUAA